AUGUCUUCCAACCUCCUCAAUCGCAGUUUUACGUUCAUCAUUCCUAAGUUCCAUCUUCCUGCUCAUCAAGAAUCGUGCCACGUUGCAUACUCUUUUAACCUUCUGCCAUGGGUUGCUCAGACGGAUGGCGAAGGGGUUGAGUGGGGACAUGCCACACACAACCCGUAUGCCUCCAGCACAAAGGAAAUGGGACCGGGUUCCCGCCGUGAUAUCUUGAAUGAUGCAUUUGGCAACAGCAACUGGCGCAAAGUAAGCAACCUUGCAUCUACAUUUUUAGCGAAGGUCAAGACGGCGGUUCAAGAGCGCUGUGAACACGUCUGCACUUUUCAUGACUUCAAUGCCGUUAUGACCGCAGAAUCCUCGGCAGAAGGAUAG